AUGGGAUGUGGCAAGGAGCAGGGAGCCACGGAGGCUUCCGUCUCCGCCCUAAAGCUUUUGACUUUGCACCGCGAACUUCUUGUGGAGCAGGUGAAGAAUACAAAGUGUAUACUGGAUAAUCUCCUGUCCACUGGAUUCAUCUGCACUGAAGACGUUGAGAUUAUACAGCGAUCAGCAACCAAAGCUGACCAGGUGCGUAAAAUUUUGGAGCUAGUCCAGAGUAAGGGAGAAGAAGCCUCACAGUAUUUCAUUCACAUCCUCCACGAAGCCUAUGAUGCGUAUAUUGAUCUCCGGCCCUGGUUUGAAGACAUUCAAUACAAUGUUCCAGACUCUAUACGUGAAAUACCUGUAGUAAAUACUGACCCCAUAAGCAAGUACUGUGAGAAACUCAGACAUGAGCUUGGUCGAGACACUCAGUUCAUUGCCUCUUACUCAAAGAGGGAGGAGACUCGUCUGGAUGACCUCUACACGGACACGCUAAUGGAACUUGUGAACGAUCGGGGCGAGAGUCUUGGCUACUUGGAGAGUCUGGAGGAGCUCUUUGAAGAUCAUGGGGUCUUCAACCAACAGGCUGAGACCAUUUUUGUCACAGGGGAUGCUGGGGUGGGUAAGUCCAUUCUGCUCCAGAAAAUCCAGAACUUGUGGUCCAGGAGGGAACUGAACACAGGAGCCAAAUUCUUCUUUAAGUUCAGGUGCCGAAUGUUCAGUGCCUUCAAGCAAACGGACGAGAUAUCUCUCAAAGAUCUGAUCUUCAAGCACAACUGUUACCCAGACCAGGACCCUGAUAAUGAGGUGUUUAGCUACAUCCUGAGAUUCCCAGGGACUGUUCUUUUCACGUUCGACGGCUACGAUGAAAUCCUAGCGGAUUUUGACUUGGAGAGCGUGCCUGAGGUGGUUUCUCCUGAGGAACGGACGAAUCCGCUCUUAGUCUUAAUGAAUCUUCUCUGCGGGAAACUACUCAAAGGUUCACGAAAGAUCUUAACGGCACGCACCGGCACAGAAGUCCAGAGCCGAGUUAUUAGGAAGAAAGUGGUCCUCAAAGGGUUUUCACCGGAUCAUCUGCAGAAAUACACAGCGUUGCACUUUCCAGAGAGAGCGCACCGCGAAGUGGUCACUUUGCAACUGGAUGCCAACCCUCACCUCUGUGGCCUCUGUUCAAUCCCUCUGUUCUGUUGGAUUAUUUUUAAGAGUUUUAAACAUCUCCACUCCUUAUAUGAUGACUUUGGGCUGACAGACUCUUGUGUGACCCUUACAAGCGUCUUCUUCCUGCUCUCAGAGGUUUUCCUCAGCCACACAACUGCACGUCCAGGACUUCUCAAAAGGAGCACAAAGUGCACUGCCGAGACAUUUAAAACUGGCGAGAAAUUGCUUGGAGGUUUUGGUAAACUGGCAUUGUUAGGUUUGGAGAAGGGAAACUUUGUAUUCAGCCAGGAGGAUGUGGCUUCCUGCGGCCUUAGCGAGGACAAUCUUCAGGUCGGCUUUCUCAGGCCUGUCAGUCAGUAUGAUGCCUGUGGAAACUCUGCGACCUUUGAAUUCCUCCACGUUACCCUCCAGGCCUUCAUGGCUGCAUUCUCUCUGGUGAUGGAUAACCAGAUCGCCCCGAACGAGAUUCUCAAGUUUUUUACCGAAUGUGAGUACAGGAACAUUUCCCGUUUCCCUUGCAUGUCUUGUUUUGGCAGGUCCUCACUCGCGAAGGGCAAGGACCCUUUUCAGAACCAAGAGCAUUUUCAAUUCACCAACCUCUACCUAUGUGGCAUACUCUCUAAAACCAAUGCUGGGCUCCUUGAGCACCUUGUACCCCCUGUCUUGUUGAAGAAAAAGCGUGAAGUUCUCAAGUCCUAUCUUUCCACCAGCGUCAAGUCGCAUCUCAAGGGUCUUCCCCGUCACACCACGUUCACAGAGGGCAGUAAAGUGCAUGCGAUGCCCAACUUCCUCUGGAUGCUCAGAUGUAUUUUUGAGAUGCACAGUGAGGAUGUAGCCCGGAUGACUGCAAAGGGCAUUGCGGCUGAUUACAUCAAGCUGGCUUUCUGCAACGUCUUCUCUGCGGACUGCAGUGCUCUCAACUUUGUGCUACAUCACCACAAGAAGAGCAUAGGCGUGGACAUGGACAAUAACAACAUCAGUGACUACGGUGUGAAACUGCUCAAACCUUCCUUCAGUAAAAUGACAGCUGUUAGGCUGUGUGUGAACCAGAUCACUGACAGCGGCGUUGAGGUCUUGGCAGAGGAACUUGUAAAGCACAAAGUUGUUCAGGUCUUGGGUCUGUACAAGAAUCAGAUCACUGAUGCCGGAGCCAAACAAAUUGCUCAGAUUAUUGAAGAAUGUCCUUCCAUACGGAUUGUUAAGCUUGGUUGCAACAAGAUCACGAGUGUAGGUGGGAAAUACUUGGCCAGUGCAAUCCAGAAGAGCAAAUCUAUAUUUGAUGUCGGGAUGUGGGGGAACAACCUGGGCGAUGAAGGGGCAAGUGCCUUUGCAGAAGCCCUGAAAAAUCACUCAAGCCUGACCAACCUUAGCCUGUCUGCAAAUGGCAUCACUUCUGUUGGGGGGAGGAGCUUGGCGAGAGCACUGAGGGAAAACUCAAGCCUUCAUAUCUUCUGGCUGAUUCAGAAUGAAAUCUCCGAUGAUGCUGCGGCAGAUCUUGCUGAGGCGUUCAGGACCAACUCUGCACUCACACACCUCAUGUUGAUUGAUAACCAGAUGACCGUAAGCGGAGCUCGGCUUCUGGCCGAAGCCUUGUCUCAAAACUCGUCAGUGAAAGAAGUCUGCAUGAAAGGAAACCGAAUCUCUGAGGAGGAAGCAAAGUUGUUUGAGGCACAAACCAAGCUUCGUUUCUCCUGA